AAUGAACAGCAACGAACAAUCUUGUUGUGACCAAUCAUAUUCCAGCACAUAUACCGGCUUGUUUUCCCAGGAAGUUGAUGAUGUGUAUUUACAAGAGGUUCAUAGCUACCUAAGCAGCGAUUUAGCUACUUAAUGUAUCUUUAGUCUACAAACGAUAGUGGUUACUUAGAGACCGAUACUUUUAUAUAACAUUUUCACGUAGCUUGUUUGAUUUCUAGUCAAGAAUGGUGUAAUAAGCUGUUCCUCGGCUAGCCUAACUCGAAUAGAUGGGGGACGUGUCACUUGAGAAUGGAGGAUACUAUCAUCAGUGAUGAUGGCUUCAUUAACGGUGUGGUGGCGUUACACAAGUGGCCAUCUCCUUGGCGGAUGGGGACCGCUGCUCUGCCUGUUCCUGGGCUCUCUGGUGGCGCUGUUGAUGCCAAUGGUGGGGGUGGAGGACCAAUGCUGUAUCACUCUAAAGGGGAUUGCCCAGUUGCACUGCCAGCUAUGGGGUAAAACUCAUCGCCCCACUGUCCAGUCCACCAGCCUCACUGUCCCCUUUACAGCCCUCGAUCUCCUGCCCCUUAGGGCCAAGCCCAGUAUAGAGACCCAGCUGGAGGCCAAGGCAGCGCUGCAACAGGCUGUGGAGAUGAAGAAGCAGGGGAAGAGAGAGAAGGCCCACAAGCUGUUGGUGCAUGCACUCAACAUGAAUCCAGACUUUGUGGAAGCUCUGACGGAGCUGGGGACCAUUCUGGAAGAGAAGGACGUUGUCCAGGCGGACCAUCUGUAUACCAAGGCCCUGGCCAUCUCACCAUGCAACGAGAGGGCCCUGGUGAGCCGUGACCGCACACUCCCCCUGGUGGAGGAGAUCGACCAACGCCACUUUGGGGUUAUCGACAGCAAAGUACGCAGGCUGAUGUCCAUCCCCAAGGGUAACUCUGCUCUUAGACGUGUCAUGGAGGAAACGUACUACCACCACAUCUACCACACAGUGGCCAUAGAAGGCAACACACUCACUCUGUCUGAGAUUCGCCAUAUAAUUGAGACUCGCUAUGCCGUGCCCGGCAAGAGCCUGCAGGAGCAGAACGAGGUCAUCGGUGUGGACGCGGCCAUGAAGUACAUCAAUACCACGCUGCUGUCCCGAGCUGGGGCCAUCACCGUCAAUGACAUCCUGGAGAUCCACCGGCGCGUGCUGGGCUAUGCAGACCCUGUGGAGGGUGGGCGGCUGCGUACCAGCCAGGUGUUUGUAGGCCACCACAUCCCACCCCACCCACAGGACCUGGAGCGCCACAUGCAGGACCUGGUGCAGUGGCUCAACUCAGAGGAGGCCCUGCAGCUGCAUCCCGUGGAGUAUGCAGCACUCGCCCACUAUAAGCUGGUGUACGUGCACCCCUUUGUGGAUGGGAACGGACGCACAUCACGGCUGCUAAUGAACCUGGUGCUCAUGCAGGCACGCUACCCACCCAUCACCAUCCGCAAAGAGCAAAGGUCCGAGUACUACGCCGUUCUGGACACAGCCAACGAAGGCGACGUCCGCCCCUUCAUCCGCUUCAUAGCCAAAUGCACAGAGAUCACCCUGGAUACCCUGCUGAUCGCCACCACUGAGCACCCUGUGGGGCUGCCUGGCACCAGCCACCACCAAGCCUGUCCAAACUGCAAACAAACCAUACCUGUCCACAACAGUGAGAGGGGACAGGAGUGAGCUGGGCAGGAGGGUACAUGACUGUUUGGAUUUUGAUUUAAUUAAUCUAAUUUGGGGUUAAUCCUGCUUUCAGUGUAAAGAUGUCAGUUGGUAUACAUAUUACUAAUAGCAGCCCUGUGUCAAAAUGAUAGCAUGACCUUGCACAUUUCUACUGGGAAAUUGCAUCUUUACAUAAAACAAAUAUUCUCAUGGUUUAAGAUUUCCUCAUACCAGGUAGAGGUGCAGGUUAGUGGAGGCUGCUGAGGGGAGGGACAGCUCAUAAUAGCAUCAAACCAUGUGUUUGAUACCAUUCCACUCCAGCCAUUAUCAUGAGCCCGUCCUCCCCAAUUAAGGUGCCACCAACCUCCUGUGGUACAGGUGUUUGAACUAAUUAUGCUGACUUGUGAUUUUAGAAAAACUAUCUACAGCUGAAAAUGUGUUAUCAUAAAGGGUCAUGAAUUUGUUGACUCAAAUGGGGCUGUUUAAUACACUUGGCCAUGCUACUGCCGUUUCUAAAGGAAAUUUAGGCCUAAACUGCAUUUCACCCAUCUAUUAUCAGUAGUUUUUUGAGUGAACUCAUAACUGAAGGUGUUACAAAUUGUGUAAUACAGUAUGUGUACAUGUCUGAGUUGUGAUUCUGAUUAUUGGUCCGUCUUAUCCAUGAGGGAGAAACAUCUAAAGAUUGGCCGUGCGCCGUAGAUCACCUGUUGGGUGUCGAAGAACGGUAUUGUAAUGUAGCUUAUCCAACUGAGUCAUACAGUCUUUCACUGAAGCACUUUCAUGUAUUUGAGUUUAUUUACUACAAAAUAAACGUAUCUGUUGAAUGUGACUUAGUGUAAAAACCUCAAACAUUAUUUGAACUGUUUUAAUAAACUUUAGGCCAAAACAGCAACAAACCACAAGAUGGCAAUUUUACAACAUCCAAAUAAGUAGUAAAUAAAAUCACAGAAAAAUAGACCACGUACAAUCUCAGAAAGUUGCAUUGAUAAUUUAGUUUUUUUUAAAACACUAGUUUACAUUUGUUCUAAUAAAAUGACCACACCCCAUAUUUUUGUAUUGGAUGAAACAGAAAGCGACUUCUAAAGAUCAAACAUUUGUAGUCUCUAACUAGAUUAGGCCAGGGUUUCCCAAACCCGGUCCUGGGGCCCCCCUGGGUGCACGUUUUGUUUAUUCCCCCUAGCACUAUACAGCUGAUUCAAAGCUUGAGUUGGUUAUUGCGUCUUCUGUGUAGUGCUAGAAAGAAAACACAUGUGCACCGGGGGGGAGCAGGAUGAAGUUUGGGAAACCCUGGAUUAGGCCACUGUGGUGAUAGAACAUUGAUAGAUAUAGCUAAUAAAUCUCAAAACAAACAAAUGUAUUACAAAACUAUGGUCAACCACGGAGUCUGAACACACAUUUGACGUUCCCCACUCAUCCAAACAGGAUUGAUUUGAAAGGAAAAGGAGACAGUUCUGAAUUAAGUAUAAACCUGCAUUCCCAUGAUGUUAUCACAUACUGAACAUAUAUUGUAGGGCAGAUUUGAUGGAGGGCUCUUGCAAUCAAACAGCUGCAUAGAUUUUUCUCCCAACAACAGUUGAUUCACUUGUGGACAGUACUCAUUACAAUACUAGGAUGACAGCUUCUCCAAACUGUCAGUUCUUCAUUCCCUACCCAUCUCAAGACUUCUACAGAUGGUUAAGGUAUUUAAUAAACUAACUUAACUGGAAGUAAAUUGGAAACAAUCUAAGGAAAAUAUGACAUACAAUGUACAACAAAAAUGUCCUCCAAUCAGACAGCCUAAACAUGAUAAGCAAACAAAAUGGGGCACUGGGUUAAUGACAUGCACACGACUACCUGUUAAAUUAUAGUGCCAGCAAUAAAACCUUUAACAGCUAUAGAUGAAGGAUAAAGGAUUUUAACAGCUAUAGAUGAAGGAUAAAGGAUUUUAACAGCUAUAGAUGAAGGAUAAAGGAUUUUAACAGCUAUAGAUGAUACAUGCUUUUUGUUUCCUAUGAACAGAGACUUUUGAAAACUACAUUGUAAAUGUGAGCACAGAACAGGUAAGGAAUUAGUACAUCUGCAAAUAAAUUAUUUGUACAACUGCCGUUUAAGGUAAUAUUCUGUAAAGCGAAGCAUUAGUCUUUCACAGUUUGGGAACAAAUAUCGUUGCACGUUAUCUGCCCUGUAAGGGACGCAAAAGAUUUUAGUGGCAUGUUGACAUUGAAGAUACCUUAGAGGAAAGAUUCACCCAUUCUAAAUGUUAUAUUGCUUUUGUGCAUCUGAUGCAAAACGCAUCAUACCGGCUGUAUUUCUGCCUGCUUGAACGGCGCAUAGCUCAGAUAAACAUGAAAUUACACCAGGAUUCGAUAGAAUAUCGCUCUAGAUACACAAAAAAGAUAUUCAAAAUGUGUGAAACUUAACACAAAUGGGGGGAAAUUAGAAUAUCGAUAGAUAGAAUAUCGCUCUAGAUACACAUCUCAAAUGUCAAGCUCUUGCAUAUACUUUUUUUUAAACAACAAGAAACAUAAUUCACAAGCUGGGUUGUUUUAGCAGUUAAUUACUUUUUUUUACUAAACUCAGAACCCUUUCCUCAAUUCAGAAAAAAAUAAUUGACACAUUACUUACGUCUUCUAUAAAAACACCUUUUCCAAUCUAAAAAAAAGCAAGCCGAAAUUGGUCACUCACACUUUUUCAAAAGGAAUAUGAAUCAAUCAUUGUUCAAAAGGAUGGUAAUAUGGAGUUUGGGGCCAGUCGAAGGAGCCAGGGAGAUUAAGGCUUUCUCACAAAAAGUGACAAGGAGAA